AUGUCAUUCGGUGCUGCUGCUCUUCAGCGUCUUGCUGGUAAGACUAUCUUCAUCACCGGUGCCUCCAGUGGUAUUGGUAAGGCUACUGCCUUGGAGUAUGCCAAUGCCUCCAACGGUGAUGUCAAGCUGAUCCUAGCUGCCAGAAGAUUGGAGAAAUUGAAAGAGGUUGAGGCGGAGUUGAAGAAACAAUUCCCAAACGUUGGCGUGUACGUCAACACUUUGGACGUUAGUGCACCAAACGCCAUCGAGCCCUUCCUGGGCCAAUUGCCAGAGGAAUUCCAGGACAUUGACAUCUUGGUCAAUAAUGCCGGUAAGGCCCUUGGUAGGGCAAGGGUUGGUGACAUCAAACAGGAGGACAUUGACGAAACCUUCAACACAAACGUCCUGGGGCUGAUCAGCAUCACGCAGGCGUUGGUGAAGAGAUUCAAGGAGAAGAACUCCGGUGACAUUGUCCAAUUGGGCUCCAUCGCUGGUAAGGACCCUUAUCCGGAGGGCUCCAUCUACUGUGCCUCCAAGUUUGCUGUUAGAGCCUUCACUGAGUCCUUGAGAAAGGAACUCAUCAACACAAAAAUCAGAGUCAUCGAGGUCGAGCCUGGUGCAGUCGAGACGGAAUUCAGCAUUGUCAGAAACUAUGGUGAUAAGGCUAAGGCAGAUGCCGUCUACAAAGGCAGAGAACCUUUGUACGCAGAUGACAUCGCAGAGGCCAUCGUCUUCGCCACCACCAGAAAGCAAAACACUGUCAUUGCUGAGAUGCUGGUGUUUCCAAGUGACCAGGCAAGUGCCUCGCACAUAUAUAAGAGAGCUUAA